UAUAUGUUGCCAUUGGGUAACAUUAUCAGAAAACAUGGCAUUAAUUUUCACUGCUACGCUGAUGACACUCAGCUGUACUUAUCAAUGAAACCAAAUCAGACUGAUCAAAUAGAUAAACUCAGUGCCUGUGUGAAGGACAUCAAAACCUGGAUGACCUUGAAUUACCUGCUCUUAAAUCCUGAAAAAACAGAGGUCAUUGUCGUUGGUCCCAAAGGUCAAAGAGAUUCUCUGUCAGACCAGAUAUUCUCACUCGACAAUGUGAAUAUAGCUUCUAGCCCUACUGUAAAAAAUCUUGGAGUCCUAUUUGAUCAUAAUCUCUCAUUCACAGCCCAUAUAAACCUAGCUUGUAAAACCGCAUACUUUCACCUGCGAAAUAUAACUAAAAUUAGAAAUAUUUUACCUAAAAACGAUGCUGAAAAACUCAUCCAUGCAUUUGUUACUUCCAGACUUGAUUACUGUAAUUCCCUGCUUGCCGCCUGCCCCAAAAGUACUAUAAGGAGCCUCCAGUUGGUCCAAAAUGCAGCGGCCAGAGUCCUAACAGGAACUAAAAGAAGAGACCACAUCAGUCCUGUACUAAAAUAUCUGCACUGGCUUCCUGUCGAGCUUAGAAUCAAAUUCAAAGUCCUCCUCCUGACAUACAAAGCCCUAAACGGUAUGGCCCCAUCCUAUCUGCAAGAUGCUAUUGUCCCGUACCAGCCAAACAGAGCACUCCGCUCUCAGAAUGCAGGACUAUUAGUGGUUCCUAGAGUGUCCAAAAGUACAGUGGGAGGGAGAGCAUUCAGUUACCAAGCUCCUGUGCUAUGGAAUCAACUCCCUGCUGAUGUUAAACAGGCCCCCACAGUCUCUGUAUUUAAGACCAGGCUUAAAACCUUC